CCUUCUUUGAAUUUGUGAACUUCAAUUCUCCUCUUCUCUCUCUCACUCUCUAUCUCUCUCUCUCUCUCUCUCUCUCUCUCACUCUCUAUCUCUCUCUCUCUCUCUCACUUCACCAUUUCGUCAAUAAAAAAUCAUUUUUUUUUUAAUUCCUCUUUGUCGGUGGGACUAAGAAACAUAACAAACAAAUGUACACACUCUCUCACCAGUGUUUCUGUUCUUCAUUUUUUCUUUCUGGGUCAUUUUGUCACAGUCUCAAUUGAAUCGUAGAAUUUCUUAGAUGUUGAUCUUUUUAACAAAUGGGGUUGUGUAUUUUCUGGAAAAGUUUCAACCUUGAUUAUCAUUUUCACAGAAUUGUCAAUAUAGCCAUGGUAUUUAUUCAGAUCAAAGUUUACAUCUUUCUCUUAUUUUCCCUUAUGAUUACAAUGUCUUAUGGUGAAACCAACCCAAAUGAUCUCAAAAUUCUGAAUGAUUUCAGAAAAGGGUUAAUGAAUCCAGAGCUUCUCAAAUGGCCUGAUAACGGAAAUGACCCUUGUGGCCCUCCUUUAUGGCCUUAUGUGUUCUGUUCUAAUGGUAGAGUUACUCAGAUUCAAGCUAAGAAUCUUGGUCUUAAAGGGUCAUUGCCUUUAAAUUUUAACCAACUUUCUGAGCUUCAAAAUUUGGGUCUUCAAAGGAACAAUCUAAGUGGAAUGUUACCUAGUUUCAGUGGAUUGUCAAAAUUGCAAUAUGCUUUCUUGGAUUACAAUGAGUUUGAUGCAAUUCCAAUUGAUUUCUUCAAUGGACUCAACAGUCUUCAGGUUUUGUCUUUAGAAGAAAACCUUUUGAAUUCUUCUACUAAUGGUUGGUCAUUUCCUUUGGACUUGAAAAAUUCAGUUCAAUUAACAAAUCUUUCUUUUGUGAACUGUAAUUUGGUUGGAACUCUGCCUGAUUUUCUAGGAACAUUGCCUUCAUUGACAGAUUUGAGGCUUUCAGGUAACAGUAUUUCAGGUGAAAUUCCUAAUAGUUUCGGUCAAUCAUCGAUUCAAGUUCUAUGGUUGAAUGAUCAACAAGGUGGUGGAAUGACAGGUUCUAUUAAUGUUAUUGCUUCAAUGACAUUUUUGAAACAAGUUUGGUUACAUGGAAACAAGUUCACAGGAGCAAUUCCAUCAGACAUUGGUAAUUUAGUUUCUUUGCAAGAGCUUAACCUCAAUAGUAAUCAACUUGUUGGUUUGAUUCCAAAUUCAUUAGCAAAUUUGGAACUUAAUACACUUGUGUUGAACAAUAACAUGUUCUUUGGUCCAAUACCAAAUUUUAAGGCUGCAAAAGUAUCUUAUGAUUCGAAUUUCUUUUGUCAAACUAAGCCUGGUCUUGAUUGUGCUCCUAAUGUUAAUAUCUUGUUAAAUUUUCUCCAAUAUAUGAAUUAUCCAUCAAAUCUCAUUCCUAAAUGGGUUGGUAAUGAUCCUUGUGGAGAAUUAUGGUUUGGAUUAAGCUGCAAUCAUAAUUCAGAAAUAUCUAUAAUCAAUUUGCCUAGACAAAAGCUUAAUGGUACAUUGAGUCCUUCACUUGCUAUGUUAGAUUCAUUGCUUGAGAUUAGGCUUGGUGGAAACAAUAUAACUGCUAAUGUACCUAGUAAUUUUACUGACUUGAAAUCUUUGAAGUUGUUGGAUUUAAGUGAUAACAAUGUUGAACCUCCAUUGCCAAAGUUUCAUGAUGGUGUUAAAGUUGUCAUCGAUGGUAACCCUCUUUUCGCUAAUCAAACUGGAAAGAUUCCUCUUCCUCCUAUUAGCAGCCCUUCCCCUUUAAGUGAACAGCCUUCACCACACAGCGUGUCGCCGCCGCCGCAUUCGUCCCCCUUUGUUCCACCUUCCUCUAAUCAUAGUGACGGCCCUAAUCAGUCUUGGCAUGGCCAAAUGAAUCCUCAGCCGAGUAACUCAAAUAGAUUUAAAAUAGUUGCAAUAGUGGCUGGAGUUGCAGUGUUUUCAUUUGUAGCUCUUUUUUUCAUUUAUCUCUUUGUAUGCUGUUGUUUGAAGAAAAAGAAGAAAAAGGGUUCAUUUGACGCUUCUGGUAUUGUUGUUGGUCACACUCAUGAUCCAUCCGAUCCGAAAAUGAUGGUUAAAUUUGCAGUGUCGGAUAGCACAAGUUUAUCGACGAAGACAGGAAUAAGUUCUCUGACAAACAAUAGCGGCGAAACGGAAAGCUAUCAUUUAAUUGAGGCUGGUAACCUUGUGAUUUCUGUUCAAGUUCUACGCAAGGUUACCAACAAUUUCGCUUUGGAGAAUGAGCUAGGCCGUGGUGGAUUUGGAACCGUUUACAAAGGCGAACUAGAAGACGGGACGAAAAUAGCAGUUAAAAGAAUGGAAUGUGGAACUGUUAGCCGUAAAGGAAUUGACGAGUUUCAAGCCGAAAUAGCUGUUCUUUCGAAGGUUCGACACCGGCAUUUGGUGUCAUUGUUAGGCUAUUCUGUUGAAGGAAAUGAGAGGCUUUUGGUUUAUGAGUAUAUGCCACUGGGUGCUCUAAGUAGACACCUUUUCCAUUGGAAAAGCUUGAAUUUGGACCCUUUGUCUUGGUCACAGAGGCUUGCAAUAGCACUUGAUGUUGCUAGAGGGAUGGAGUAUCUUCAUAGUCUUGCCCGGGAGACUUUUAUCCAUCGAGACCUCAAGUCUUCAAAUAUUCUACUUGGCGAUGAUACUCGAGCGAAAGUUUCGGAUUUUGGUUUGGUGAAACUUGCCCCCGAUGGUGAGAAGUCUUUGGCAACAAGACUUGCUGGAACAUUUGGAUACCUUGCCCCUGAGUAUGCAGUGAUGGGGAAAAUCACCACCAAAGUUGAUGUUUUCAGCUACGGUGUUGUGUUGAUGGAACUUCUGACCGGAUUAAUGGCUCUCGACGAAAGACGACCAGAGGAAAACCGUUACUUGGCCGAAUGGUUUCGACAAAUUAAAUCAAACAAAGAAAAGCUUAUGGCAGCCAUCGAUCCAUCACUCAAAGUAAGCGAAGAAACUUUCGAGACUAUUUCGAUUGUAGCUGAACUCGCCGGACAUUGCACUGCUAGGGAACCAAACCAUAGGCCGGAUAUGGGGCACGCAGUCAAGGUACUGUCUGAGUUAGUCGAGAAAUGGCUGCCGGUUGACGAAGAGUUCAAUUAUGGCAUCGGAGGCGUUGACUUCGGUCAACCGCUUCCGCAAAUGUUGAAGAUUUGGAAGGAAGCUGAAGGUAGAGAUAUGAGCUAUACAAGUCUUCAAGAUAGUAAAGGAAGUAUACCAGCUAAGCCAGCUGGUUUUGCAGAUUCCUUUACUUCUUCUGAUGCAAGGUGAUUUUGCAUGUAAUUUAAAGUGCAUUUUCUUUAUCUACAUAUAUAUUUCUUUUUACUUUCAUAUUGGUUGUGUCUGUUUUGGCAGCAACAGAAAAAAAAAAAGAAGGUAUAAUUUAUUUGUUUUCAAUUUGUUGGUUUUUGUACUUUCGAGUACUUUAAGGUACUACUUAUACAUGUAUCAAGAUGUAGAUAAAGAAAUAUUAUUCUUAUUCUUUGUUUUUGUGUGUUUGGUCUA